AUGCAGGCGAGCCCAUGCCUGGCCAGGCCACCACAUUCUGCCUCAGUGGCGGGGUCUCGACACCUCAGCCGGCAGGACGCCGUCGUUGAUGUGGCUGGCCCCCAGCGCGCCAGAAGUUCCUUGACGCCUCGCUUUGGGCAGUGCCUGGUGCUCUUGGGGUCAAUGUUCAAACUAUCGCACGAGAUGUGCAGAAGGAAGGCGGCCAGUUCCAGCCACAGAGAUGGCAAGAGGGACUUGCAGGGAUGUUUCGCAGGGCAUUCCUGCGCUGAGGUGUUCAAGCAGCGCAGGAGGCGCAAAGCCGGAGGUGAAGCGCAGUCAGGUGCCACCACGGUGCAGAGUGAUCGGACGGGUAUGAGGAAAGCCCGUCGCUUGCUGAAAGCUGGCACGAGCGUAGUUUUGAUCUUGGUGUCGUUGCUCUAUGUCACCAGCUUCGUCGAGGGGGCGAUGCACAAGCUGUUCGCACAUCCGAUGACUGCAAAGUCGCCUGCAGUUGCAUUGGUCAUCGGGCUGGCAGUAGGUGGUCUACACACGGUGGCAGGGCCUGACCACUUAGCAGCGUUGGCGCCAUUGGUGAUCGGCAAGGGUCGGUCGAUCUUCGCCGCCUUUGGCCUUGGGGCCCUUUGGGGAUCUGGACAUGCCACUGGGCAGCUGAUCAUCGGAAUCGGCUGCCUUGCCGUGAAGAUGGGCCUGUUGCAGAUGCACGUGGCUCAGGUUCUUGAGCAGACCAGUGGCUUGCUAGUGGGCGCGUCGCUGAUAGCCAUCGGGCUGCUGGGCUUCAAAGAAGCCAGGGGCUAUGACGCCGCAGAGGAAGCUGCAGGGGACCAGAACUAUGGGUGGGCAACAUAUGCAACAGGUGUGGUGCACGGUCUCUCGCUGGAUGCAAUCAUUUUCAUUCUUCCAGCCUUCUCCCUGCCGCGCUUUUCUGCUGUGGUGCACGUCCUAGGGGUGGUCUUCGGCACUUUGUUCUCCAUGGGAUGCUACACGACCGUGCUGAGCCUCUUCUUCCGUAAGUCCCCGAGACUGAAGCUGAUUUCGACCAGCGCAUCCUCCGUCUCCCUCCUGCUCGGCAUCUGCAUCCUGAUGUCCUGCUGCGGGAUCACAUUGCCUUUGCCCGGACUGUGA